CUUUUACUACAAAAGCUGGGUUAUAAGCAGGACUUGAACCGUUCCAUUUCUGCUUUUUCAAAUUUUGCUAUUGCAUUUUCAUGUUGUUCGGUACUUUCAGGCUUAACGCCCAUGUGGGGAGACUCCAUGAUGGACGCAGGUUCAUUAGGCGUUAUUUGGGGUUGGGUCAUCACAGGCUCGUUCACCAUGGUCGUGGCUUUAUCAUUGGCUGAAAUUUGCAGUGCUUAUCCUACCACGGGGGGUCUCUAUUUUUGGGUAUCGCGCUUGGCUACCUCCGAAUGGAUGCCUUUAGCCUGUUGGGUGACAGGUUGGUGUAACUGGAUCGGUCUAUGCUGUAAGUGUGUGUGUGUGUGUGGUUUUCCCUCUCCCGUAGUAGUCGAUGGACGAUGAUGACCACUCACCCUUUGCUUCUUUUUUCCAUGUGUGGUUAGUUGGUAUCUCUUCUGUUGAUUUAGGUCUUUCUCAGUUUAUUGCGGGUGUCAUUUCCGUCUUUAAUCCAGAGGUGGAACUCUCAGUGUAUGCUCAAUAUGGUAUCUUUGUCGCUAUUCUUAUUAUUCACGGCAUCCUUAACUCUGUUGCGGUCAGUUGGAACGGUAUCAUGAACCAAGGAGCAUGUAAGCUUGUGGUUUUUUUUUUUGUGGUCAUGGAUGAAGGAUGUCUAAGAAGAACGAAUUUUCUUUUUUUUUUUUUUUUUUUUUUUUUUUGCGUCCCUAGUCUUUGCCAAUAUGUUGGGUAUUUUAUUGAUCGUCAUUGUGGGUCUAGCAUUAACCAAACCGCUAGCCAGUGGCGAUUUCGUGGUACGUUGGACGCAAAAGAAAAGCGUCCCCUUUCUCUUUCCCAUGAUGGACUGAUUGUGCUUCCCCCCUCUCCAUUUAGUUUGCGCAAUUUUAUAAUGGCUCUGGUUUCAGCAGUGAUGGUUUUGCGUUUUUGCUCGUGAUUCUUCAAUCUCAAUACACGCUUUCAGGAUACGACAGUGC